AUGGGGGUUCUUAAGGCAUCCAGGACCUCACCCUCACCAGCCACCAACAGCGUCACAGGGCCUGUUGCUGCUACUACAGCUGUGGUUGCUACUACAGCUGUUGACGCUACUACAGCUGUUGUUACUACUACAGCUGUUGACGCUACUACAGCUGUUGUUGCUACUACAGCUGUUUCUACUACUACAGCUGUUGUUGCUACUACAGCUGUUGACGCUACUACAGCUGUUGUUGCUACUACAGCUGUUGUUGCUACUACAGCUGUUGUUUCUACUACAGCUGUUGUUACUACUACAGCUGUUGUUACUACUACAGCUGUUGUUGCUACUACAGCUGUUGACGCUACUACAGCUGUUGUUGCUACUACAGCUGUUGUUACUACUACAGCUGUUGACGCUACUACAGCUGUUGUUGCUACUACAGCUGUUGCUACUACUACAGCUGUUGUUGCUACUACAGCUGUUGACGCUACUACAGCUGUUGUUGCUACUACAGCUGUGUUUGCUACUACAGCUGUUGUUACUACUACAGCUGUUGUUACUACUACAGCUGUUGACGCUACUACAGCUGUUGACGCUACUACAGCUGUUGCUGCUACUACAGCUGUUGCUGCUACUACAGCUGUUGUUGCUACUACAGCUGUUGUUGCUACUACAGCUGUUGUUGCUACUACAGCUGGUGUUGCUACUACAGCUGUUGUUGUUACUACAGCUGUUGUUGCUACUACAGCUGUUGUUGCUACUACAGCUGUUGACGCUAGUAUAGUUGCUGUCGCUCCUUCUUAUGCUGUUAUUAUUUUUAUUAUUACAACUGUAGUAACCACAUCGCUUAACUGUCACAGCUGUAGUAACAACCAAUAA